CGCUGGCGACGCUCGACUCGGAUUUCAGUUCGUAUUUUUAGUGCUCGCGUGCGAAAUUCGGUGUCAAAGUUAAACAUUUUACGUGAGAUCUACCCGCACAGUGUGACGCGAACAGUGCCAGCCCACAAGGAGGAGGUGGAGAGGUGCAGCAGUAGCAGCAGCAGCAGAGCAGAGCAGCAGCCAAGUUCAAAAUCAACGCCUGACAAUGACAAAGCGCUCCGUUGGGCGGCCAACUGCAGCAACGUGGCGCCCGCCAACAGCAGCAGCAGUAGCCCCAAUCAAAACAACAGCAGCAGCAACAACAACAACAACAGCAACUGCAACAACAACAAUAGCCACAGUAGCAGCAACAGCAACAACAGCAACAACAGCAACAACAUCGCCAGCAAUUACAACAAUCAAUGAGCGCAGCACGAGAUGGCGACGUUGCCAGCGUCGUCGACGCUGCAUAACAAUGCGGAUGAGCCGAGCCUCGCUGUAUGCCUCGUUGCCGGCAUGUGGCAUGUCCUGGCUGCUGUUCGUCCUCUGUCUGCUCAGCUGCCUGUGCUGUUACACAGUUGCACUGGAGGAGGACUGCGUGGACUUUCAGGGCAACAAGGUGAACCACGGCAUGCUGUACGUGCCCGGACCCGGCGUCUGCAGUCUCUGUGUUUGCUAUCAUUCCGAGCCGCUGUGGUGCAAGGCCAUUUACUGUGAUCCCCCUUAUUUCUGUAAAAACUUCAGAGUGGGCGAACGUUGCUGCGAAUUCGAGUGUCUCGAUCCACCCGGCGAGGAUAAACUCUAUCAGGAACGCAUGCGAAAACGUGCCGAAAUUUUGGCUGGCAACAGCACCGCAUCGAAUGUGAAGGUGGCGCCUCUGGCCGUGUCCACCAUAAUGCUCAGCUUUCUGGGCAACAGUUUUCUCAACUUAUAACUUGAAGUGAAAUAGCAAGCGAGCAACGGUAACGGUAACGGUGACGGUAACGGUGUUUAGCAAUUAAGUACAGCCCGUCUUGAAGAGGGAGAGAGUGGGAAAGGUUCGUUUUUGUUAACUGUCCCCCAAGCUGGACCCUAAACGAUACUUAUUACAAUGUAAUAACAGCAGCUAACAAAUUUAUAUACACUUAGGUGCAUUACAAACAAAACAAAACAAAAAAAACAACACAAAAAAAUUAUAAAAUUAUAUAUAUUUAACAAAACCAAAAAAAAAAGAACAAAAAAUUGGAGUACUACAGAACAAUACGUAGGUUUUCAACUUAUACUUAUGUAUGUACUAUAUAUGUAUAUAUAUAUAUAUAUAUAUAUAUAUAUGUAUAUGUAUAUCCCUAGUCUUAUGUAGGUACAAUAAUACAAGCGAGAACAAAAUCAAGCGUACAGUCCAUGCCACAUCGCUAUCGCUAUCGUUAUCGUUAUCGAAAUCGAAAUCACGCUGUCAUCAAGGCAGUCUUUAACUAGCUCCUAAGUCGUAAUAUAUGUAUGUAUAAAACAAUAUUUAUAUAUAUAGACGAGUAUAUACUCAAAACUGUACAUACGCAUAUAGCUGCCUAGCUCUAUAUAAAUAUGUAUGUAUAGUAUAUAUCGGAUCAAAAGCAAACUUGUUGAUUAGUAUUUAGCUAAAUGAAAUGAUUAUGAAUCGGUCGAUCGAUCAGUCAGAUGGAUCGAUAGCUCGUUUAUAUGAUACAUUAAGGUUCUGUGUAUGCACCUAGGAAAUCUUUUUUAACAAAUAUAUGUACUAUGUAUCUCAACAUUAACACACAUCACGAAUAUUGCUCGUACUAAUCCAUAACAUUUCACACUUGCGAGUACCUCACCUAGUGAACAAAUUGUUUUUUUUUUUAUUUUUAACUCUUUUUCACACAUAGAUAUAGCAAAUUAGCUCAUACGGGCAUGCUCUGAAUUUCAAUUUCGCAGCACGUUUUACAAAGAUAUAUUUUGCCAAGAAAUUCAAUUAUUGUUUAGUGAUUAAAUACAUUUUCAAUCUUUAACAUAGAAGGCCUAAAGUGCCUAAUUGUUUGCAAAUUUUUACGAUAAACUUUUCGUUAUUCAUAGAAAAACUUACUUGGCGAUAGUUCAAUCACAUGGCAGCUAUAUGUAAGUCACUAAAAAAUUCUUGGUAGUAUUAAAAAAAAAGAUUUUUUGUUCAGCCAUAGAUUAUUUCACAUUAGAGAUACGAUAUUGGAGUUCAGAGCAUGCUAAAAGAAUGAAACCUUUAAUUGCAAUUACACUGUAGUAAAUUACACAUAUCAUAAGAGACACACACAUACACCCACACACAUACAUACACAGACACAUACACCCUUACACUGUAGAAAUUACAAAAAAAAAUAUAUAUGAACAAAUAAAUAUAUACUAUAUAAAUCGUAUAUAUUUUGCAUUGGUGCUAAUUUUAUUGUAGGCUAAACACGUUCCGUAUAAAAUCAACACUCAUAAAACAUAACAUAACAUAUGCACACACACACAUACACGAUCAUAAGGUUGCAUCGUCCAUCAUAAUCGAAUGCAUUUGAUUCAAAAUCAAAACCCAUAUCAAGUGGCGAAUGGAGAGUGUCUAAAAUGAUAAAGUCUUUGUAAUACCCAUAAGUUCUAUAGUCAAACUAAUCCAAUAAAAACCAUUUUGUAUUUCAUUUGCAAAGCCAAUACAAAAAAAAAAACAAUUUAAAAACCUAACUAAUAAAUUAAAAACAAUAUGAAAAAGAAAACAUAAUCAAGCGUUCAAAAUGAAAUCCUUAAAAACAAAAACCAAUACAAUUUUAACAGCAAUAAUAAAUUUUAAAGCUAAUUCCUAUAGAACGAAAGUUUUUUGGUUAUGUUCACUUGAAUUAAUCGAUAAUUGCGGAGGUAGUAGAACUUAAGACUUAAGUAAUCUGAAAUAACCGCUAUAACCGUCUCUUUCGAUAUACCCAGAUAGCAAGAUACCGAGAUAUAUAUAAAUAUUACAAAGAAGAAUACUAUGUAUUUAAUUUUUAGGCAUAUUACAGGACCAGCAAGCAGAGCGCAAAAAGCAAAACAGACAAACAACAAAAGCAUUCAAAAGACCCAAACAAUCGCAAACGAAUUAUCGAUAGCUAUCGAUGAUAAAUCAAAUAAAAUGACACAACAAAAUAAUCGUACAGUAAAUACCACAACUAACGGAAAUAGAUGUGUACAUAAGGAGUACGGCUGUGACAAUUUAUUGUUUGCUUCAAACGCAUUAAACACAACUGUAAAUACGAAAAGAUAAAUAAACAAUAAUAAUAAUAAUAAUAAUAAUAAUACGAUUACAAUCUAUGGAAAUCUCUAUAUACAUUCAUACUAUAUAAAAUGCAAUAUUUAAACAAAAGAGUCUCGAGCCUAAUGAAACAAUUAACAGUUACAAGCUUUCUCUAGUUUAUGAUGUAACCGAAAGUAUUUUAAUAAUAAAAGAAAAACAAACCAAAGAAAGAAUCAAAGAAGAAUAUUUUGGAUAAUCGGACUAUCGAUUAAAGAAUAUUUCUGCAGAUAAUUGGAUAGAUUUUGAAGACGUAAAGAAGGUCUGAAAAAAAACUAAAGUAAAUUAUUGAAAAUAUUAAUUUGUAAAUUAAAUUUUUCAUAUUCGAUGUUUAAGUUUUCGUUUUUUACCGAAAAUAUGAAAAAAUAAAAAAUUGCAAAUAUUUUUAUUUUUAUCCAACUGUAGGGGUAUUCAAAAGAAAAGAGUAAAAAUAACAAUAAACAAUGAUCUAAACUGAAUGUACAAUUCGAAUGCCACAAUAUCUGACCAAUAUGCAAAACAUAUAUAGUAUAUUUAUGCAUAAAGAAAAACCAACUCGUAUGAACUCAUAAACGAUGUGUAUUUUUAAGACGACAAAUUUGACAAAUUUUAAUAGAAUCCAAAACUAAUAUGCAAACAAACAAAAAAGUAAUGCUUUAAAGUACUAACAACAAAUUCUAACAACAACAACAACAAAAAACUAUUAUAUAAAAGAAACCAAAAACAAUUUCAAUUUAUAGACUAAAUAAACAAA